AUGUCUAGCAACUACUUGGAUGAGUAGUAAUAGCGCCACCAUGGCGCCGUUGAGCAUUACUUGGGAUGCGUUGAAGGAGGAUUUGGGACUCGGAAACAACUACGUUGCCUCGCUGUUGUGAUUGUUGAUGUUGGGCGGGUGAGGCAUAGAGACCAUCACGUGUCCGGUGGACUAGGGUCGUUGUUGGGGGCGUCGAUCCAGAUGAGCCUGAACCACCAAUGGGAGACGAGGACGCACCAGUGGCAGAGAACGUCCGGACAAAACGCUGCGCGGGUAAUGGCGCACCGGGUCGGAACAAGAUGUUUGCAGAUCGUGGAAUAGCAGCCCCAGUGACAGUUCCAGAAGUCGAUCCGGAAGCCUGACCAGUGCCAGAGAUGGUGACAAUCGUGGGGUGUUGUUGCUGCGAAUGGUGUAUACCCCGGGCAGCAGCAGCAGCAGCGGCAGAGGAUACAGUCUGUGGGUGGCCGACAACUACAGCUGUAGUGGAGGCAGCAGGAGCUGCUGGUGUCGCCAUGACAGUGACAGUUGAAGAUGUUGAAGCGACGUUGCCAGCUCCUGUUAGGGAGGCAGAGGCAGCGGCCACCACGUUCGCAGCAUUGGCAGCCUCUGUGCGUUGACGCGUCUCGCGUUCUUCCUUAUUCUUGAUCACCAUUGCUGGAGUGAUGAGAUUGUCUGGACUUAUGUUACACUCUUGUAAAGCAGCGAUAUGCGAAGGAUUCUUCUGAAUCAAAGGCGCUGGCAUAGUCAACUGUUGUUGUUGCUGUGGGCCACCAGCACUACCACUGGCAACCGCAGCAGCUGCAUUUCUCAUGAGCAUAGUGGCUGUAGUGGCCACUGGACCCACACCUCCUGAUCUCUGACCACUACCACUGCCAAUCUGCCCGACAGCUGACUGCAAGUGAUGGUGGGUAGUAGACGAUGCCGAUGCGGGAUGGAAUUGCAGGGGAUGCUUGUUAUUACCCGGAGCACCAGUUGGGUGGCUCGAAUGUUUGAGCGAGCACUCUCGAAUGCAGCGUCGCAUCAUAUUGACUGACUGGCUGUCCAGAUUGCUGACAUUUGUGGCCGAUGACACAGGAGUCGACGAUUGAACUGUGAUAUUCAUAGAGUUUAGCUGUGACUGGAGAUACAAGAAGUGUUGAUAUCCACGAAGUUUGUUGACAGUACCAGAUGUGGAACCAGCAUCCGGCGAAUCUCCCGCCCCACCAGGAACACCAAGAGAGGAACCACCAUGGAGCGCAAUACCGGACGAAGAUGAGACGAGAGGCGUGGAGGACAAACCGCUCUUCAUCUUAUUCUUUACCUUUCUACCAACGCCGUGUUGUGCCUGGUGGUGGUGUUGAGGUUGACCCGUUUUGUCAAUAUCUCCAAGUGGAUGAGGUAGAAGGUCGUUGGGAGACGAGUUGACAACAACAGAGUUAAUGCGACAGUAGGCUAUGAGACACUGACGUGCAUUUCUGUAGGCGCGCAUAGCAAUAAAGGAAUUGAGACAGAGCUCUGCCAGUCGGAAAUUAGGCACUCGUAGACCGGACGAAGAGGUGGUAGACGUACUGGAACCCGAAGAAUGAUGAUGGUGGGAAUUGGUAGUAGAGGUGGGCGCCUCCAAUAACUUAUUGGUGUACAUGAGUAAAGCAGCUUCUUCGAGAGGCGUCCAUUCUGGCGAUUUGGCAUCAUUAAAUGAGGUGCUGGCAUGACCGGCCGAUCCAAACUUGAAGGACACGAUACCAGAAGCCGUAUGAAUGGCCUGUCUUUGAGUUGAUGGUAUAGCAUUCACCGAUGCCACCAUCGACGACUUUCCUAUCAUUGGCAGUGCAUAUUUCGCAUGGAGAUGAGGAUUAUUCAAUGCAGCGUAAACACCUGCGGCUCCACCUCCAGGCAAACUUGCACCUCCAGCGGCACCCGUAACCCCACUAAGUCGAGAGAAAUUUGACACUCCUGCUGUGGUUCUACGGAACCGUGCUGUGGGGGUGAAGUAGGAGCUACUACUGGAAGCAGAAGACCCGAAACUGCCACUGCCACUACUCUGUGAGGCAGCAGCGGCUGAGCUGCCAGUGAUGGCACGAACGUCACGAGUGAAGAAGGUGCGUGGAAGACAGGCCUUUUGAUUUCUAGAGAUGGUAGUGAAGGAGGUAGUGGUGGAAGUAG